AUGAUUGUUGUCUCCAGGUCGCCUCGGGGCCGCGUGCUGCCUGAGGGCGUGUACAACAACGCGCACUUCAUGCACGCAGUCACCUCGCACGUCGGCGACAACGUGCAGGUCCUGACGCAGUCGGGAAGCCUCUGGGAAGGCGUGUUCAAAACUUUCAGUGCUCAGUUUGAGGUCGACUCGAUGUCGCCUCGGGGCCGCGUGCUGCCUGAGGGCGUGUACAACAACGCGCACUUCAUGCACGCAGUCACCUCGCACGUCGGCGACAACGUGCAGGUCCUGACGCAGUCGGGGAGCCUCUGGGAAGGCGUGUUCAAAACUUUCAGUGCUCAGUUUGAGGUGGUGCUAGAAGUGGCCCACCGUGUGGACCAAGAGGGAGUGGUUGCCGUGGACUCCGUGGUCGAGAAGCUGAUCUUCAAGCCGCAGGAUGUGGUCUCCAUUCGCGCCAAGGAUUCGGACCUGGAGUACGCGACCCACGACGUGUUUCAGACGGACAGCGCUAUUUCUAGAAACUUCCGAGUAGCGGAAGAGCGCCAACUGGAGCCGUGGGACGCGUGCGACGGCGAUGUUAGCGAGUCGCCCGCCCUGAACGGUGACGCGGCGCUCGACGAGCUGGAGCUGGACCACCGCGCCAACGGCUGGGACGCCAACGACAUGUUCCGCAAGAACGAGGAGGUGUACGGCGUGCACUCCACCUACGACCACUCGCUGGCCGGGUACACGCUGCCGCUGCAGCGCAAGGACACGCAGGACUACAGAGACGCUGAGGCGAAAGCGGAAGAAAUCGCGGCGGAGAUCGAAAGCGCGCCGGCUUACAAAGCGCGAAUCGACGCUGAAAACGGGGACGAAGAGGAACGCUACGCUGCCGUGGUGAGGCCCGACGCGCCCGCCAAGUACGUCAUACCUAACAAGAGGAAGAACAUGCAGACCGGCAAACUAGUGAAGCCGAGCACAAACAACGGGGGCAGCCUGCCGCCCGCCCUCAGCAAGCCGCCGCCCAAAGACGCGCGGGACAAGGACCCCCGCCCGCCCAGGCACCACCUCACGCCGCCCGCCGACGCGCGCGACUCGCCGCGACGACACGACGACACGCCGCCCAGCAACCCGGCGGGUCCCGGCAGCAACAGCAGCGGCGCCGGCGCCAAGAGCUACGCCGCGCAGGCCGGCGGCUACCACCCGCACCACGCGCAGGCCACACCUCCCAACAAAGUGAACGGCGAGCCGCGCGGCCCUCCGCACCCCAGACAGGGAUUCCCGCCACACCACCAUCACAACCCCCCCUUGGCGGGCGAGGCGCACCCGCGGCCGCCGCGCCACCACGCGCCCGAGCCGCGCCGCCAGGACGAGGUGCAGGAGCUUCGCAAAUUCGGCGCGGAGUUCAAGCUGGUAUCGUCGCCCGCGCCGCCGCCGCAGUCGCAACCGCAGCCGCAGCCGCAGCCGCCGCCGCCGCCGCCAGUGUGCCAGCCGCCCGCGGCGCCGGCGCCGGCGCCCAGCCCGCCGGAAGUAUCGGCCAGCGCCGCCGCGCCGCCGCUGCACAAGCACUACCACCCGCACCCGCCGCACGAGCCCAAGCACCACAAGCCCCCGCCAGCCCCAAAGCCAGAAGAGCCGCUGCCGCCGCCGGAACGUUCGCCGGAAUCCACGUCGCCGCCCGCCUCCACGUCUCCCGGCGCCGCCGCCGCCACGCUCAAGAAGUCCACCCUCAACCCCAACGCCAAGGAGUUCAACCCCGCCGCCAAGACAUUCACCCCGCGGAGCCCUUCCACGCCCAACCCCAGCCGGCCACAUACCCCCGGCACGCCGAUCGGCGGCGUGGGCGUGGGCGGCGUGGGAGUGGGUGUGGGCGUGGGCUUAGGAGGUAUGGGCGUAGUGGGCACGGGCGUCAGCUACAUGCCCGCGCCGCACCCUCCGCCGCAGCAUAUGGUGGCGGCCGUGCCGGCAGUGCCGGCGUACGCGAUGGUGGCGGCGGCGGCGGCGCAGCAACCGCCCGCCUACAUCCCGCACCCGCAUCCUGCCUUGUAUGGAGCCGCGAUGGGCGGCGGCGCAGGCGUAGCCGGGGUGGCGGGGGGCGCGGGGCAACACGCCCCCAUCCCCACACAGCCGCAGAGGAACUUCAGGAAAGAAAAGUUUAUCAAUGAUGAUAUCGUGGGUCGAAUCACGAAGAGACGUAACUGA